AUGAGUUUAACUACUCAUCAAUUAAUCGUCAGACCGUACAAUUUAUCACGUGCUCCCCGCGCUGAAGCCGACUGCCAUGGCCAGCCAGGGCGGGGUGCCAGGCUGAGGGUCGGGAGGGUCAGCAAAAAAGAUACGGAUUCGGUCUCUUGUACGUGGGUUGUAUGGCGCAGGUCUGUGGGCCGCUACCGCUACCUGCGCGACUCCGACGGCCUGCAGCAGUGGGAGAGGCCCGCGCUUGACAACACCGACAUGGACAUCUCCACCACGCCGCCGCACCCAGGCAUCGAGCACAAGCAGGAGGAGGUGGCCAAGAGCCAGAGCCCUCCCCCGGCGCCCCCUCCGCCGGCGCCCCCCUCCCCGCGCGCGGUCACCCCGCCGCCGCCCAAGUGGCCCGAGCCGCCCCCUCCCGGCUGCGACGAGCCCCCGCCGCUGCCGCCGGAGCCGGUGGUUGCCAAGGAGAUCGGAGACGAGCUGAUGUCCUUCUACAACGACAUCGCCGAGCUGGAGAAGGGCGGAGCCCCCACGGAGCCCCAGGAGCCCCAGGAGGCGAAGGACAAAGAGCGCGACAAGGACUCCAGGCCGCCCAAGAAGAAGCCCAAGGUGAAGAUAUCCACCUCGAUGGGCCUGAAACACAAGUCCGUGUCGAGCUUGGUGGCAAAGUGGCAGCAGGUGGCAGAGGAGAUCAACUCCGAC